AUGUUAUAUUGUUCCAAGAGUAAAGAACUUUUUUUUGACCUUCAAAAAUUUUGGGAGGAUUCGGAAGUCGUGCAUCCUAAACCUUUCUGGACAGCUGAGGAAGAAGAGUGUGAAAAACUUUUCCAAAAGACUCACUCUAGGACUAAAGAUGAGAGAUACGUCGUGCAUCUGCCCAUCAAGAGUGACGUCACAUCGUUAGGAGAUUCCUAUUCUGCAGCUCUUCGUAUGUUGAUUCAUAUGGAGCAGCGGUUCAAACGAGAUGUUCAUUUCCAAAAAACGUAUGCCAAAUUCAUGGAAGAAUAUCAUCAACUUCAGCAUAUGAAGUCCGUCAACAUCCCUGCAGAUCGAAGAAGUAUCUCGCGGUCAUUUUUUCUUCCGCAUCAUGGAGUUUGGCGUGAAUCUAGUUCAACCACGAAACUACGAGUAGUUUUUAAUGGUUCUCGACGAUCAAGUCGAGGCAUUUCAUUGAACGAGUGUCUUUACGCAGGGCCAAAAUUACAAUUAAAUAUUUCAGAUGUCUUGCUGCAGUGGCUUCUUCACUUCAUUGUCUUUUCUGCAGAUGUCGAAAAAAUAUAUCGACAGAUUAUUGUCCACCAAGAUGAUCAGGAUCUCCAACUUAUUCUGUGGCGAGAAAGUCAAAAUGAGCCCGUCCAAGUAUUUCGACUCAGUACUCUCACAUAUGGUCUGACUUGUGCCCCAUUUCUAGCUCUUCGCAUUGUUCAGCAGCUUGGUCUUGAUGAAGGGGAUCGAUUUCCCUUGGCAGCUGAAGAAUGGCAUCUAUGUUGA